GGAAAUGAACUUGUUCAAGUGUGAUUUUCAUUUGAGAUAUGAGAGAGUAGAGUAACAUUAUUUGUUGCUUGACUUGAGUUGACUGGCGCAGUGCCAUCCAUUCAACCUAUUAUGGCUAAUGAAAGAUUAUCUUCUUCUUCUUUUUUCACCUACGAUGUAUUCUUCAGCUUCAAUCCCUCAGAUACUACCAAUGGUUUCACUGCAAAUCUCUCCCAAGCUUUCCAAAGAAGGGGAAUUAAGAGUUUUAUGGAAACCAGAGACGAAAUCACACCGGACAUUUUCAAUUUAAUUGUAAAAUCCAAAUCUGCGGUUAUCCUACUCUCUGAGAACUAUGCUUCAUCUUCACGUUGUUUGGAAGAACUUGCAUAUAUCCUUAAUAACUUUGACCAUGCUACAAGGUCUGUUUGUCCGAUUUUCUAUGAUGUGAAGUACUAUGAAGUGAGAGGGUUUAGCGGAGCUUAUGGUGAAGCGUUGGCGAGACACGAGAAGAAUUUGAAAGAUAACAAGGGGAAAUUGCUGAAAUGGAAGAACGCGCUAUUUGAAGUAACUAAUUUGCCUCGCUUUCAUUUCCAACACGGGGUUGGAUAUGAUGAAACUGCUUUUAUUAUGAAGAUUGUCAAAGAGGUCUCUAGAAAGCAUUAUUAUGCUCCUUUGCCCAAUGAAGAUCACCUAGUCGGAUUAGAGGAUCCUUUGGAAGAAGUGUGCUCCCUUAUGGAUUUGGAAUCUGAUAGUGUGCUCAAGAUAGGGAUAUUUGGAAUGAGUGGUGUUGGUAAAACAACACUGGCUGGAGCAGUUUAUAAUAGAAUUGCACACCAAUUCGAAGGUCAUUGUUUUCUUUAUGUCAAAGGAAAUGCUGAGAUCGUGCACCUCCAAAAUAAGCUUCUUUUCGAUAUAGUUGGAGAAGAUAUUCAGAUAGAAAGUGCCCAUAGAGGUGCUUCAUUAAUAAAGGAAUGGCUCCAACAGAAGAAAGUUCUUUUGAUACUUGAUGAUGUGGAUAGACUAGAGCAACUGGAGGCCUUGGUUGGAGGACAGGAUUGGUUUGGUUCUGGAAGCAGAGUUAUCAUUACAACUAGGAACAGACAUUUGCUAGCAUAUCAGGGUGUUGAAAUAACAUACAAUGUAAAGAAGUUAAAUGACAAAUAUGCAUAUGACUUGUUUAUUCUCAAAGCUUUUGGAAAGAGAAAAGUCGAGCCAAUAUACGCAGAACUUUCGUACCAAAUAGUAGCUUAUGCUGAAGGGCUUCCAUUGACCUUGAAAAUGUUAGGUUCCUUUUUGCAUGGUAGAAGUGUAGAUGAAUGGAGAACUGCAUUAGCGAGGCUAAACAGUACUCCGGAUAAAAAAAAUGAUAUCCAAAAAGUACUUAGAAUAAGUUUUGAUAAUUUAGGGGAUGAUGAGAAAAGUGUUUUUCUUGACAUUGCUUGUUGUUUCAAGGGAUAUGAAUUGACAGAGGUCAACAAGAUACUAUGUGCUCAUUAUGGCUACAACGUGAAAUAUCAUGUUGAUGUGUUAAUUGGUAAAUCUCUCAUAACUAUUAGUAGUUUGGAUGGUAAGGUGAAAGUGCAUGAGUUGAUAGAGAACAUGGCUAAAGAAAUUGUCCGUCGUGAAUCACCAGAUCCCGGGAAACAUAGUAGGCUAUGGUCUCAUGAUGAUAUACUUGACAUUUUAAAAACAAAUAAGGGUACUGAUAAAAUCCAAAUCAUACAUUUGGAUCCUCCCUUAAUUGGAGAUGAAGUAAUAAAAUGGGAUGCCGAGGCAUUCAAGAAGAUGGAAAAUCUCAAAACACUUAUCAUUAGAAAAUGUCACUUUUCCAAUGCUCCCAAACAUUUUCCAUCUAGUUUAAGAGUAUUGCAAUGGUGGAAUUAUCCUUCACAAGAGUUACCAUGCGAUUUUGAUCCAAAACAACUUGUCAUAUGCAUGGUACCAGGCCUGAGUGUCACACCACCCCAGCCGUUUGAGUUAUUCGAGACUUGUAAGAGGGCUGCCCGAGUUAUGUUGCAGGUUUCUGUGAGGGUUUUGCAAGCUGAGGCGACUUGGAGACUAGUUGGCCUUGUGUCAAGUGUAGUUGGCCUGUUAUGUUAUGCUUUGAGCCCUUCUUUCAACCGAUUAAUUGGUGGCUGGAACUCUUUCAAGGGUGUUCUUUACGCCGUGUUUUCUUUGGUUAUCAUUACCACUAUAUUAUUUGGAAAGGAGUCUUCUCUUUCUACACAGUAUGUUCAGUACAAAGCCUACAUGAAAUUUGCAGUUUUAAUGAUCAUCUCAUUGUACUCAUUCUUUUAUGACAAUGCUGUGAGCGGGAAACCUGAAAUACGGAGUGUGGUUUCGAAUGCUGCGUUUGCUUUGAUGUCAUUAAGCUUGUCAAAACUGGUUAAGUUUGGAUUUGAGAUUGGUAUGUUCUCUUAUUUCCUAGGCUGUCUUGUGAUUCAAUUAUGGACCAUCGAUAGGAAGCUGAUUUUGGUAGCCAUAAUCUUCGGUUGUCCACUCUUUGUUAUGCAAUCCUCUCUGGAUUUUGAACCAGAAGUCAGUAAUGGAAGUCAAGUUAUUAAUUCAAAUUCACAAACAAUGUUAUUGCUAACUAAUAGAGGUCAAGAUAUUCAUUUAGAUAUUGACUCCUCUUCAGAUGCCACACCAGAGGUUAAUAGUGGUGGUGAACAUGUCAUCAACGUUCCUUAGGCUAUCUUUCCGAAUUAGGAGAAAAAGAAAGGGUUUAAAAAAAGAUUUAAGUGAGUUUUGUCAAAACCCGUUGAUAUAUCUAUCAUAGGUUUCAGUUGGUUAUAAUUUUUUCUGUGAUUUGAACAGUUUUCUCGUUUGUGUAAGCGGGUUCGAGUACCCCUAGUGCUCUUGUUUAUUUGAAUCCUUGCUUAAAAAAAAUUAAAGAAAAGAUAGAUAAAUCUUUAUUAUUGUUUGAAAAAUUAAUUUUGUAUAUAAUGAUUAAUGAAUGUUUAAUGUUAAUA